UGUGCAUGUUAUAUGUGUACACACAUGUGUGUGUAUAUGUAUUUGAAUGUAAUUGUAUAGCUGAUUGUACAGUUGAACCGAGAGCGAAGUAAAAAGGAAGAAGGGGUAAUGCGAUCUUUAUGCGAAAUCAGCAUUUAGUAAUGAUUGACUUGAAGUGCGAGGAAAGAAACAGCAAAAGAUAAAAAAUUAACUACGUAUUUUUCAUAUGGCACGAACAAAUGCGAAAAGGCGGCAUUCGGAUUUGCCGCAUUUUGAAUCUGUGACUAAACUCUCCAGUCUUCCUAUCGUGGAAAGCGGUAUACACAUCGCUGGUAAUGUGUAUACAAAAAUUAAGCGUUCGAAUUCUUUAAUGAAUUGGAGUUUAGAUACGGCGGAACAGUCAUUAGCGAUAGCUACGGCAAAAGCAAGACCAGCAAUUGUUGCACUUAAUGGACCCAUUACGACAAUUGAUCAACUAUUAUGUAAAGGUAUUGACAUCGUUGAGCAGAGAGUACCGGCAGUGAGUCUUCCCCCUCAUGUUAUGUAUUUAAACACGAAGGACUAUGUAAAUGAGAAAAUUGUUAAACCGGUUUUAAUACGUGCCGGAAGUGUUAAGCAAAUCGGUAGUCAAGCUGCCAACGCUGCUGCUGAUAGAUUGGACGGCGCACUAACAGUUGCGGAUGAAUACAUGGAUCGUUACCUGCCAGGAGAUCCAGCUGAUAAAGAUCCAGCUGUUAAAAAUCCAGCUGAGGAAGAUUCAGCUGAUAAAGAUUCAGCUGAUAAAGGUUCAGCUGACAAAGAUUUAGAUGAUAAAGAUCAAGCUGAUAAAGAUGAAGUUAGCUCCAAUGAAACCAUGAGCAAAACGAUACGAACGAUCAAACAUGGCGCAAGGUUUUCGCGAACUUUACAAAGAAGAUUAACACGACGCACUUUAGCUGAAGCGCGCGCACUCAAACAGCAAGGAACAGAGUGCGUCCAUGUUCUUCUAUAUGUCGUGGAAUUGAUAGCCACGGAUCCAAAAUUAGCCACGCAAAAAGCAAAGGCGUUAUGGGCCUCAUUGAGUCAACCCGAGCCUGAAAAUCAGGCGCGUCCAGAUACGCUCGAACAGCUCCUCGUGCUUUUGACACGCGAAUCCGCAAGGCGUAUAGUGCAUCUGGUGAAUGGCACGGUGACAUUGGCAGCGAGAACUCCGAGGCAUUUAAGUCAUCUACUUGCCCAGCUUUCUCAUCAAUUACUUACCGUUGUAGACGCUUCAUUGCAGAUGGUACCUGCGCUUAUUAAUAAGAGCGAUACGAUACAACAACAAAUAUCUAUUAUACGUUCUGGGAUUGAAAAGCUGAGUUCAACUGCGAAUAUAAUAUUGGAAAAAUUCGCUUCAUUCUUGGCUGGUCGCUCCAGCCCUCAAAAGACACCACACACACAAAACUGUGAGCAAAACCACAACAACCACAUGUCAGAGCCUUCCGAUCCUCCAGUAAAUGGUAUCGAGUAACAAGUGUUGCCUGAAAACUGCUACGUGCGGGUUUCUUUCCCCUUCUGGUAUGGUUUUGAAUUACAAGGUUAAAGACACGAGAAUAGAAAUCGCAACGAGUCGCUACUCAUUGAUUAGCAUAACAUCUUAUCGACUGCGAUUACAACAUUAUUUUUUAAGAUUUUGUAUUCGUGGUAUAAUAUAUACGUAAUACAACAAUAUAUUUUAUUAAUAGCAUAGUGUAUUCGUGCUAUAUUCAUUUCAUGCUUCUUAAAUUAGUCUUUAGUAAAAACUAACUACGUUAAUUAAAUGUAAAGAAAUAAAGGGACGUUUUAUUUGCGACAUCACGCAAAAA